AAUUCACUGGCGCUGAGUGGCGUGUUCAAAAUUGGACAUAAUUUAUUACAAGUUUUGACGUUUUGCGCUACAUGACUUUUUCAGAUGGAGGCAGAUAACGAUAUCAAUAACCAUUAUGGUGAUGUAUGUGAUUCUUUUGAUCGGAUGAAUUUGAAAGAAAGUCUUUUGCGUGGAAUUUUCGCCUAUGGAUUUGAGAAACCUUCAGCGAUUCAGCAACGGGCCAUUCUUCCUUCUAUUGAAGGACGUAACGUUAUAGCUCAGGCUCAGUCGGGCACUGGCAAAACAGCAACAUUUAGCAUUGCGAUCUUACAACAAAUUUGCACUACCGACCCUCGCUGUCAGGCUUUAGUAUUAGCUCCGACUAGAGAAUUAGCAAAACAAAUUCAAAUGGUUGUUUUAGCCCUUGGUGAUUAUAUGGAUAUUACUUGUCAUGUGUGUAUUGGUGGUACACAAGUAUCAGCAGAUAUUGAACAACUGCAAAUGGGUCAACAGAUUGUAGUCGGUACACCUGGACGUGUGUUAGAUAUGAUAAAUCGUGGCUAUCUACGUACACAGACAAUCAAAUGUUUUGUACUGGAUGAGGCAGAUGAAAUGCUUAGCCUAGGAUUUAAAGAUCAAAUUCAAGAAAUCUUUCGUUCUCUUGAUCCUGCUGUACAGGUUAUAUUACUAUCUGCAACAAUUCCAAAUGAAGUCCUUGAAAUUACUCGGCAUUUUAUGCGAAAUCCUGUACGUAUAUUAUUAAAACAAGAUGAAUUAACAUUGGAGGGUAUACGUCAAUUCUAUGUGAAUGUUGAACAAGAAGAAUGGAAAUUAGAAACCCUGUGCGAUCUGUAUCAAACAAUAACAAUAACACAAGCUGUGAUAUUUUGUAAUUCACGUCGAAAAGUUGAAUGGUUAACAAAUGAAUUAAUUGAACGUGAUUUUAUUGUAUCAGCAAUGCACGGAGAAAUGGAACAAGUGGAACGUGAUAAUAUUAUGGCUGCAUUUCGUAGUGGUUCAAGUCGUAUAUUAAUCUCGACAGAUCUACUAUCACGUGGUAUUGAUGUUCAACAAGUAUCACUUGUUAUCAAUUUUGAUUUGCCUACAAAUUUGGAGAGUUAUAUACAUCGAAUUGGUCGUGGUGGGCGUUUUGGUCGUAAGGGUGUUGCUAUCAAUUUUGUAACUUUGGCUGAUCAACGUAUACUUAAAGAUUUAGAAAAUUUCUAUAGUACGAAAAUUAUUGAACUUCCAGUUGAUGUUGCUAAUUUGUUCUAAUUGAUAACAAUAAUAAUUUAAACAAAACAGGAAUGUGCCAAACACCCAGCAUUGUCAGCAUCUUCAAAAAAAAAAAACACACGCAUGUACUGCACAUACACAUAUCUACGUGAGUGCUGAAUAUAUUCAAAAAAAGAACUGGUCAUUUUUCUAUCCAUAUGUGUCUAUCGUCCAUCCUCCCGUUUUUUUUUAUUUCCGUGUUGAAUUAAUGGUCGUCUUUAGCUCGGUUUACGAAGAUUGAUGUAUGAUGCACAGAAUAUGGUUUUGUUUUGUGUGAAUGAGUGUUUAUACUUGGUAUCAUUAUAAUUAGUCAUUUUUAGUGUUAAUAGUUAGUGUAAUUCCCUUCUUUACGUAUACUUUAUUCUCUGUACAAUAAAAUUACUGAUUAAUUUUUCAAACUUUAUUUAUAUUCUUCUGCGAUAUUUUACGCCGCCCACUCAGUCAACCAUGAUUGAUUUAUUUUUCUGGCUUUUUCUUGAUUGGUUAUUUCACUAAACUGACUGUUCGAGUGAAUUCAUAAUACUGUCAGCUGAUUGGUGGAUGGUUGUACAGUAAAAUGAUGAUGAUGUGUUGAAUCGGGUUAUACUUACGCACUUUCCUUUAGCAAUUAUUAUCAUUCUUAUUAAUAUUCAUCUUUGUUAUAAUAUUCAUCGUAUUAUAUACAUAUACUUUUUUGAUCAUAGUAUUGUCAAGUCAGUCACUAUGAUCUUUACUUUUUAUUCGUAAAUCCGGUAUUUUAGCAAAAAAUAUCUUUAAAAAGUACUACAUUUUCAUACGUAAUAAUAUUCAGUGUAUUUAUCUGCCUUUUUAUUAAUUUUUCUGUGCGUGAUUAUUUUUUGGAAAGUUAUAAUGUCCUCUUCGUGGAUAGGACUAAAAAGCAAGUUAGCUGAGCUUUCUUCUUCCAACGAAGGUGUGUCUUCUUCCUGACACUUGAUGUUAAUGCAUGAGUGGUAAUAUUUUUUCUGUUUUUCCUAUCUAGUUUUAUACUUUCUACAGCUAAGUUUACCGUCCUUACCCUACUGUAUCUUAACUUCACCUAAACUGUGCAUCCACCUCAUUAGAAAUCUUUCCUUAUUCGUCAACAUGCAGUGGUUUUCUCUUUUUGUCGUUGGUGAUAUAUGUUGAUGAAAAGGCUGCUAUGUAUUUGUAUUAUUUUUAUUUUGAUCGAUUAUUCUUACCACUACUUUUGGUUGGCUCCAAUUAUGUAUGAGCAGUAGAAGUAUGAUACUCUAUUUGUCUUCUUAAUCCGUAGUAUUGAUGGACAAUUGUUAUACACAUGACUGUUUUCUAUCUCUGCAUGUUACUACUACUACUGUACGGCACUUUUGUUCUUUUCCUCUUCUCCUUAUUUGUGCUGUUUUCUUUUUCCCACAGUACUACCACUAACAAUAAUAAAACGUAUAACAG